UGCCAGCAGUGAAGCAUGACUGCACAUGGCGUCAGUGUGUCAAGUGUAUUCUUCACUGGGGGCACAUGAGACAGGAAUAUGCACAUGAGCCGUGGUCAGGGGCGGACUGACAACUCAUGGGGCCCCGAGCAAUAGGGGAUCAUGGGGCCCCUGUGUCCUUGCCCAAACUCAAAAAAGCCUAUGAAAAAGGUACCAGGGGCAUCUCAUGGGGCCCCCUACUGACCCUGGGCCCUUAGGCAGUGCCCGAGUUUCCAAAUGGUCAGUCCGCCCCUG